UCUCAAUGGCCAUACAUAUCCAGAAAAACCUCAUCCACUUCAACACCUUGAAGAACUUGUACAUAAUAUUACAAAAUCCUUGGAAUACCUUCGAAUCCGUCAAGCCACUGCUAGCCUUCCUUGAACAUGAGCGAGAAAGAUGUGCAUCCACCUAGUCAAAAUAUGACUUUUAAUGAAACCCUGCGACUGAUAGGCGAAUUUCUGGAGGUAGCUUUCAACCAGAUUUUGUACCUCCGCAAUGUUUAUCCUGCAGAUUUAUUUGAACAGAGGAAGAAGUUUAACGUUGAAGUCAUGGCUUCUCGUCAUCCAGUCUUGACAUCGUACAUCGGUGAAGUUAUCUCCCAAUCUAUGGAAGAAGUCGUCAAAGGAUUGGCCAAGAAGCUAAUUUUAGCUGUACAGGAUAAUUCAGUCAUGCCACACAGGCCACGAGAACACUUUGUUUUUAACUUGCAAUACUUGGUCGAUCCCAUUACAACAUUCGAAAAUGAAGCUGAUCGGGACAUUAGACCAAUCGCAGCGUAUGGUAGUAAAGCAGAUGCUGAACUGCACAUCCGGGCUUUCUUAAUCAAACUCAAUUCAUGUAAUGCUCAUCUAGGCGAUCCUAUAAAACAAGACUUGACAUGGACAACGUUUCUAGAGCUCAAUGACACAACCAAAGAGCCUCUGUCCGAACACAGUAAGAAAAAUGAUCGCCCACCUCAAUGGAUUCCUUGCGACAACCCCGCUGUGUCACGCCAGGAGGACCAGACCGACUUUCCAACCACAUCGUUACCAGCAGCAGCACCCUCGAAACGUCUGAUUCCUCUCAAAAGUCAAGGCUUGGGAAUGAUACAGCUUCAAAUGAUGAUCAUUCAGCAUAACGAGAAGAAUGAUCAUGAGCAAACUGUCGCUACACCACACUAGGAAAUAUUGAAAUGGUAGGUAAAUAUGCAAUGUAUUCGAUGUGAUGAUAAUGUAUCAAGAAAACGCAUAUGCAUAAAAUAUGAAGUUGUUGCGCUUUUCUAGCAUUAUACUAGUAAAUUCCCGCACAAAGUGUCACUUCCAAUCACACAAAUCAAUUAUCAUACAUAAAAAGCAAAGCAAAAGGAAACCAGUCAAUAAAGAAAGAGUGAUGUUGCUCAUUUUUUAUUUUAGCAAGUUUUUCUGUUGUUGUGUUCAAAUUUUCAAUGAUAACUGGUAUGUAUCAAUCAAAC